AUGGUAGGCGAUCUCCAGGCCAAGAAAUGGGCCAAACGACCAGCAGACGUGGAGGCGGUAUGCCAGAGUGCUGGAAACGCAAGAAGAGCAGGAUCCGCGACUCAAGACACCGACCAUACAGCACGAGUUGACGACAAUCUGUCGACCGACCAACAUGACAAUGUGUUGUGUCACGGAACGGGGACACCGACCAGUCUUGAGGACAAAGGAGGACCUCUACUGGUCGCCCGGAGUACCCCUCGCACGAGCCAAUCAGAAGCGGCCUUCUCAUGCCGUUUUCCCAAAGUGCCCAAGUCCCCGUCCUCUUCCAGAUCUACCGGCUGCUGGACCGAUUCCCCGCUGGUCAAAGACUCAAAAAGGUCUAGAGGCCCCGAAAUCUCCGAUUGCCCGUUCCGCCCGUACAGCUAG